CUGUGCACUGCUGAACAACACUGAUGCUUCAGUGUAAGGCUCCCCUCUGCAAAACACCUGCCAGCACAGCUCGGAACGUACAGAAGGGAAUGACUCGACUUAACAGCAGAUCAGUGCCACUCAUCUGCUAGACUGCUCAACAAGUUGCUGUACAGCAGCAUGCCUUUAUGUUUGCCUCCAGCACAAGCAGAAGCAUUAUGGAAGUGAAAGAGCGACGUCCAUACUGCUCACUCACCAAGAGCCGCAGAGACAAAGAGGGACCAUACACUGGUUCAUCAGGGGACAGUGAAGACUGUACCAUUGGCUCUCAGGGACUACGAGUCCCUACUCAGAAGUCCUACUCCUCCAGUGAAACACUCAAGGCCUUUGACCAACACCAAGACCAGACCAGGUUACUGUACGGGACAACCAAGGGACACAAAGAAAUGGUUCACCGUGAACAGGAUGAUUAUAACAGACAAGGUCAGCAUUUCAGUCUUCGUCAGCUGGGAAUCUGUGAGCCACCAUCACGUCGUGGCCUGGCGUUCUGCUCUGACAUGGGCCUGCCUCACCGCGGGUUCUCAGUUGGCACAACCCCGGACUUAGACACUGAUAGUCAGGCCGUGAUGUCACCAGAGCGCGCCAUGCGGCUUUGGGGCCGCGGCGGUCUGGGUAAAUCAUCCGGGAGGAGUUCCUGCCUGUCCAGCCGUUCCAACUCAGUGCUGACUCUUACUGACACCGAGCAUGAGAACAAGUCAGACAGCGACAAUGAAUCCAUUCAACUAGAUCCAUUACCAGAAGUGCAGAGGGAGAAGGAGUGA